AAGACUAUACUUAUUUCCAAUGAGGCCAAAAAGGAAUUGCUAAAACAAGCAAAAGCAGCUAAGGAAGAACGAAAAUCCCAAAUGGAUUCACGGCAUGGCUACCUGAUAUCUAAACUAGCAGAUGGAACUGGUCUGGAAGAAUCAGCUGUGCAGGACUUUAUUAUUGCAGAUGAAAAGAUCUCAGGAUUGCGACAUUUAAGUGCAGAUAUGUCCAGAGGGGUAAAUCAGAAAAGGCUGUUCAUUACUGAUGGUUCCAGUGAGGGUUUGAUUGGGACUUGCUUAUUCUUUCUUAGAACUACUGAUAAAAGCAUCAGCACAGCUAAUGUGUUUCAGGAAGUAAAUUUUGGCAUGCUCAAUUGCCCUGAUGGGAAUCUACUUCGAGGUCUGGAGAGACUCUUGGCCAGCAUAAUGGUACCAGCACUGCGAUCUCAAGAGAAUUGGGGAUCUAUUAAAGAUGGACUAAAGAGUGCCCAGAUUCAGGACUUCCUUGAGUCCUUAGACAAAUUUAUUGGCAAUUUGUCCUCUGCCAGGAAAAAUAUGGAGCGUCAAGUAAUUCUUGAAGAAGCAACCACAGGAUAUAAUUUUGACAAUUUGCAUGGCCCUGCAGACUAUUUGAAUGCAGCUUCUAAUACCGAAUUAGUGGAGCAACUUGAGGGAGUGCUGAUGUCGUGGACUAAACAAAUUGAGCAAGUCUUGGCUGAAAGUGAGCAAAUGAGAAAGGAGGCUGAUGAUAUUGGUCCCGCUGCAGAAUUGGAUCACUGGAAGACUAGAAUGGCAAAAUUUAAUAGCCUUCUUGAGCAGAUUAAAAGCCCUCAUGUGAGAAAAGUGAUAGGCAUUCUUCAAGUUGCAAAGUCCAGGACAUUGAAACAUUGGCGAAAACUGGACAGCAAUAUUACUGACGCGGCCAAUGAAGCUAAAGAUAAUGUGAAAUAUCUGUACACACUGGACAAAUUCUUCGGACCUCUUAUGAAGUGUACACCUGUCACUAUGGUUGAACAUAUUCCCAAUUUGAUGAAUAGUAUUCGGAUGAUCCACAGCAUCUCAAAGUAUUACAACACAUCAGAGCAUAUGACUUCUCUGUUUGUCAAGGUUACCAAUCAGAUGAUUACCACAUGUAAGAGACAUCUCUGUCAGAAUGUUGGAAAAUUCUGGGACCAAGACAGGCAUGAGCUACUGAAGAAAAUUAAGGACUGCACCCAGCUAAAUGUUGAGUAUCAAAAACAUUUUCAACGAAUCAGGGAGAAGCUUCGCGAAAAUCCGAAGGAGAGACAAUUUGAAUUUAGUGAAAACUAUAUAUUUGGCAAGUUUGAUACUUUUUGCAAACGUCUGGAGAAGAUUACAUUCAUGAUGAACACGAUGGAGAACCUUUCAGAUCUUCAGCAUGUUAAAAUGGAGGGAUUUGACAAAAUAUAUGUGCGUUAUCAGACAAUUAUAAACAGCACAAAAUCAAAGACCUAUGAUGUACUGGACCAUAGGAAACAAGAGUUUGACAAUGAUUACAUGGAGUUUAAGUGCCAGAUAGAUGGACUUUAUCAGUCAAUACAAACUUUUAUGGAUUCCUGGUUUGAACAGUCUUUAACUACAGAACGUAUGCUGGACUUGCUGAGAAAAUUUCUGCAUAUUUCUGGACCACAAUUAGAUCUGACAGACAAGUAUCUCAUGCUUUUGCAACAAUUUGGACGAGAUUUAGAUCUUAUACGCAGGACCUACCAGAAACAGAGAGAAAAUCCACCAGUCCCACGUAAUGUUCCACCUGUGUCUGGGAAGAUUAUGUGGGCCCGACAGCUAUUCAGAAAAAUUGACAUUCCCAUGAAGUUUCUGAAAAGCAAUGUUGAAAUUUUGAAGACCCCUGAUAUGAAAAAGGUUAUCAAGAAUUAUAACAAGGUGGCAGCUGUACUUCUGGAAUUUGAGGUGUUGUAUCACAGGGGUUGGUGCCGAGCUGUUGAUUUUGCUCAAAAUGGACUUCAUGCCUCACUACUUGUGCGACAUCCUGAGACUAAGGAAAUCCUUGUGAAUUUUGAUCCAGCUGUGUUCGAAGUUCUUAUAGAAGCAAAGUACUUGUACAAGAUGGGACUUGAUGUGCCUGAAGCAGCUUUCAACCUCUGUUUAAAAGAAACCAGAAUUAAAAAUCAUUACUUAAGCCUUCAGGAACUUUUAAGUAACUACCAAAAUGUGGUGAACACUAUCCCAUCUAUCAUCCAACCAAUGAUGAAGCCUUUUAUUGGUCAAGUGGAUGAAGCUUUCAUUUCUGGACUGACUAUGUUAUCUUGGACCUCUUUAAACAUUGAAAGAUUCAUAGAAAAUGUGUAUGACUUGCUGACUGAAUUAAAACAUAUGGUGAAGCAGGUCUCUGACACUUUGGAGUGCAGGAUUGAGAGAGUUCUACAUGAAAUGAGUCUUACUGCUUUGGUGGACCUCCCUGAAGAUGACCUUGUGGAACCACAAGUUUUUCGAGAGAUGACUGAGAAUAUUGUUGCCUCGGCUGGACAAGCUUUAUCUAUACAGAGUCAACAGCUGGAGCGCUCUAUGUAUCAGCUAAUGGGUGGAUUGACACAAAAACUCAAACCAGAAGAACAAGCCAAUUUUCAGGAAGGAGAACAGAAUUUCAGGUCAGAUUGCUACUAUAACCUGAUGGGACAUAUUUGUCAAAAGAACACUGAUGCUUUGGUGAAAUGUACCAAGUUAUCCCUGGACGCUAUCAAGCGGCAUUUACAGGUUACCAGCUCUAAGUAUGAGGCAGCAAAAUCAUUUCCUGGUGGAGGUGUGGAGGCAACAAAAGCUCCAUUCUUCAGGUCUGAAAUUGUGUUGGCAAUUCCAAAUAUUGUGAUGCGACCAAGUUUGGAGGAAAUUCAGUCUGUUCUAAAUAAAGCAGUGACCACAAUUCUGUCCAUGUCGAAAGAUAUUCCUCUUUGGUCCUUUGCCUACAUUCAUCUGAAACAACAACAGAUUGAGUACAAUGCUGCUCGAGAACUGGGUGAUGAUAAUAUCCUUGGUAAGCAGGUCAUGCUGAAAUCCCUUGAUAAACAAAUCAGUGAACACAAGGACAUCACUAAGGUUGUGAUCCAGCUCAGUUCCAUUGUUUCUUCAUUGAAGACUGAUGGAGUUGAGAUUCUUGACAGUUUCUCUCAUUUUGCUCACUUAUGGAAUCAGGAUCCUGCAGAGAAAGUGAAGGAAUUCAUGGAUUCAAAACCAAUCCUUUCAGAAUUCAAUGAACAAAUUACCUACUACUCUAAAUUGGAGGCCCAGAUUGAGGAGUUGCCCUCUUAUUACAAAGUGGGCUCAGUUCAGUUUGACACACAGAAUUUGAAACUGGCAUUGGUGCAGGAAUGCCGCUCCUGGAAGAGAGCAUUUGGCACAGCUUUGAACCGAAAAACUGCCAUGGAAAUGGAUGAAAUUUAUUCCUUUAUUGAAAAUCUCAGCAAACAACUGAGUCGACCAAUUAAUGAUUUGGAUGAUGUGCGUGGAGCCAUGGCAGCACUGAAAGAAAUUCGAGAUGCUCAGAUAAAGAUAGACAUGACCAUUGAGCCAAUUGAAGAAACGUAUGCCCUUCUAAGUAAGCAUGAGUUGCUUUUUCAAGAUGGAAAUGCUGAGAGAGUUGAUGGACUAUCUUAUGCCUGGAAGAACAUAAACGCACAGGUUGUAGAGACACAGAGUAUACUUUUAAAAAUGGAGCCUACAAUGAAGACAGAUUUGCUAGAAAGAGUGAAAGUAUUCCAAAUUGACGUUCAGAAUUUUUACCAAGACUAUGAUACAAAAGGCCCUAGUAUUGAAGGUAUUUCACCGAGAGAAGCAAGUGACAGGCUACAGAUCUUCCAGGCAAGCUUUGAUGAACUGUGGAGGAAAUUCAACACUUAUUCUGGAGGAGAAGAGCUUUUUGGGCUACCUGUUAUUGAAUAUCCUGACUUGCUGAGAAUCAAGCGGGAACUGACUUUACUUCAGAAAUUGUAUAGUCUUUAUGAUUCGGUGAUUGAAAAUGUCAAUGGUUACAAUGACAUUUUAUGGAGUGAAUUGGAUAUUGAAAAAAUCAAUAACGAGCUUCUGGAUUUUCAGAACAGGAUUCGGAAAUUACCCAAAGCCUUGAAGGAAUGGCAAGCUUUCAAUGAUUUGAAAAAGACAAUAGAUGAUUUCAGUGAAACUUGUCCAUUGCUUGAAAUGAUGGCAAACAAAGCUAUGAUGCUCAGACACUGGGAAAGGAUUGCUCAGGUCACAGGCCAUACCUUUGAUGUUGAAUCUGACCAGUUCACACUCAAAAAUAUAACAGAAGCCCCCUUACUAAAAUAUAAAGAGGACAUUGAGGACAUUUGUAUUAGUGCAGGUAAAGAAAAGGACAUUGAAGCAAAGCUGAAAGCUGUUAUUAAUGAAUGGAGUGGUCAUGUACUUACUUUUGCCUCAUUCAAGACGAGGGGUGAGUUGCUUCUCAAAGGAUCAGAUACCACAGAGAAUAUUGCACUAAUGGAGGACAGUCUGAUGAUACUUGGCUCAUUAAUGAGUAACAGGUACAAUGCACCAUUCAAGCCCACUAUUCAACAGUGGGUGCAGAAGCUCUCAAAUACCACAGAAAUAAUUGAAAACUGGCUCACAGUUCAGAACCUUUGGAUUUACCUGGAAGCUGUGUUUGUUGGUGGAGACAUUGCAAAACAACUGCCACAAGAGGCCAAAAGAUUUCAGAACAUUGACAAGUCAUGGCAGAAGAUCAUGCAGAGAGCUCAUGAAAAUACAAACAUUGUGCAGUGCUGUGUAGGUGACGAGACUUUAGCUCAACUUUUGCCAUAUUUACUGGAGCAGCUAGAGAUGUGUCAGAAAUCGCUCACUGGAUAUUUGGAAAAGAAGCGCCUUUUAUUUCCCAGAUUUUUCUUUGUUUCCGACCCCGCUCUGCUGGAAAUCCUUGGCCAAGCCUCUGAUUCUCACACCAUACAGGCUCACCUGCUAAGUCUUUUUGACAAUGUUAACAGAGUGGGGUUCCACGAAACAAAUUACGAUCAGAUUCUCCGCUUUGAGUCUCAGGAGGGAGAAAAAGUUGACCUUAUUGAACCAAUUAUGGCACAGGGUAAUGUGGAAGUUUGGCUGGCACAGCUCCUGAGUGGGGUCAGAAAGACAAUUCACAGCAUUAUUCGUCAGGCGUCAAUAGCUAUCACCGAUAAGGAGAUUAAGCUAUAUGAAUUUCAGGCCAUGUUUCCUGCACAGAUAGGUUUGCUUGGUAUUCAGAUGAUUUGGACGAGAGACUCUGAAGAAGCUUUAAAUAAUGCCAAAGUUGAUAAAAAGAUUAUGCAAACAACUAAUCAGGCAUUUCUGGAUAUGCUUAAUGACUUGAUUGACAUGACAACUCGUGAACUGACGAAAAUGGAACGAACAAAAUAUGAAACACUUAUCACCAUUCAUGUCCACCAGAAAGACAUUUUUGAUGAUUUGGUUCGUAUGAACAUUAAAUCCCCAUUGGAUUUUGAAUGGCAAAAACAGUCUCGGUUUUACUUUAUAGAGGACACAGACAAAUGUAUUAUUCAGAUCACAGAUGUUGAGUUCAGCUAUUGUAAUGAGUACCUAGGCUGCACAGAUCGACUUGUGAUCACACCAUUAACUGACAGAUGUUACAUUACACUGUCUCAGGCCUUAGGGAUGAGUAUGGGUGGUGCACCAGCAGGACCUGCAGGUACAGGAAAAACAGAGACCACCAAAGACAUGGGCAAAUGUCUCGGAAAGUAUGUUGUUGUGUUUAAUUGCUCAGAUCAGAUGGAUUAUAGAGGCCUUGGUCGCAUCUAUAAAGGUCUUGCUCAGUCUGGUGCAUGGGGUUGCUUUGAUGAAUUUAACCGUAUUGAAUUGCCUGUGCUGUCGGUAGCUGCUCAACAAAUCUACAUUGUAUUGCAAUGUAAGAAGAACAAAAAGCCCCAGUUUUACUUCACUGAUGGUGAUGUCGUAGAAAUGGACAGAGAGUUUGGUAUCUUCCUAACAAUGAACCCAGGUUAUGCAGGACGUCAGGAGCUUCCUGAAAAUCUAAAGAUUCAGUUCCGUACAGUAGCCAUGAUGGUGCCUGAUCGUGCCAUUAUAAUGCGUGUCAAGUUGGCUAGUGCUGGUUUCCGUGAUAACCAAAUUCUUAGUCGCAAGUUUUAUACACUCUACAAACUCUGUGAGGAGCAAUUAUCGAAACAGGUGCACUAUGACUUUGGUUUGCGAAACAUUCUGUCUGUGCUGAGAACUCUGGGUGCUGUCAAAAGAUCAAACCCAAAUGAACCGGAGAAGACAGUGGUAAUGAGAGUUCUGCGUGACAUGAAUCUUUCUAAGCUGGUGGAUGAAGAUGAACCUUUAUUCAUGAGUUUGAUCAAUGACUUGUUUCCUGGAAUUACCUUGGAUAAAGCGGGUUACCCUGAACUAGAAGCUGCCAUUGAGAAACAAACAAUGGAUGCUGGGAUUAUUUACCAUCCUCCGUGGAUCCUGAAGCUCAUUCAACUCUAUGAAACUCAAAGAGUCCGACAUGGUAUGAUGACUCUUGGCCCUAGUGGAGCUGGGAAAACAAAGUGUAUUAAUACCUUAAUGAAAGCAAUGACGGAUUGUGGUGAGCCUCACAAGGAGAUGAGAAUGAAUCCAAAGGCAAUCACAGCCUCCCAGAUGUUUGGAACUUUGGAUGUUGCAACAAAUGACUGGACAGAUGGUGUUUUCUCUACACUAUGGAGAAAAACAUUGAAAGCAAAAAAGGGAGAACACAUAUGGAUUGUAUUGGAUGGACCUGUGGAUGCCAUUUGGAUUGAGAAUCUUAACUCUGUUUUGGAUGACAACAAAACACUUACAUUAGCUAAUGGUGAUCGCAUCCCAAUGGCACCAAACUGCAAAAUCGUUUUUGAGCCUCAUAACAUUGACAAUGCUUCUCCAGCUACUGUAUCAAGAAAUGGCAUGGUGUUUAUGAGUUCAUCAGUACUAGACUGGAGACCUAUACUCAAAGCAUGGCUUCAGAAAUUACCCACUGCACAGUCAGAGCUUCUUUGGAACUGCUUUGAUAGUGUUUUCCAGGACUUGGUCAGUUUUGUCUUUACUGCUGUCACACCAAAAAUGCAAAUUCUGGAAUGCAUGUACAUUAAACAAGCCAUUGACCUUCUGCAGGGCCUACUACCAGGAAUUGAAGACAAGCAGCCGAGCUCAGAGGAAGUUGCCCGUUUAUUUAUUUUUGCUGUAAUGUGGUCAAUUGGAGCUCUUCUGGAACUGGAUGACAGGGUAAAACUGGAAAGCUUUCUGCAGAAUCAUUCUGCAGCACUAGAGCUUCCAGUGACUGAAGGAGAUGAAACAAUCUUUGAAUUUGUUGUCCGUGCUGAUGGUCACUGGGAGCACUGGUCAAAGAGGGUACCUGAAUAUAUUUACCCACCUGACUCUGUGCCAGCUUAUUCAUCAAUCCUCGUACCAAAUGUUGACAAUGUCCGCACAGAUUUUCUAAUGCAUACCGUCAUGAAACAAGAAAAAGCUGUGUUGCUCAUUGGUGAACAGGGAACAGCCAAGACAGUUAUGAUCAAGGGUUACAUGAGCAAGUAUGAUCCUGAAGUCCAUGCAACUAAGAGUUUGAACUUCUCCUCUGCCACAAUGCCAAAUAUGUUCCAACGGAGCAUCGAAAGUUACGUAGAUAAACGAAUGGGUACAACCUAUGGUCCACCUAGUGGCAAAAAAAUGACCGUGUUUGUUGAUGAUAUUAAUAUGCCAGUGAUCAAUGAAUGGGGUGAUCAGAUAACCAAUGAGAUUGUCCGACAGCUAAUGGAACAGAAGGGUUUCUACAAUCUUGAAAAACCUGGAGAGUUCACCAACAUUGUUGAUGUACAAUUUGUUGCUGCUAUGAUUCAUCCUGGUGGUGGAAGAAACGACAUUCCUCAACGGCUUAAAAGACAGUUCACAGUUUAUAACUGUGCACUACCAUCAAAUGCAUCCAUUGAUAAAAUAUUCAGAACUAUUGCAAGCGGCUAUUUUUGUGAGCAACGUGGCUUCCCUGUUGAGAUUUGCAAACUGGCCUCAGCUUUAGUAUCAACCACACGCAAACUAUGGCAGGCUGUCAAGCUGAAGAUGUUGCCCACUCCAGCCAAAUUCCAUUAUAUUUUCAACCUCCGUGAUCUUAGUCGUAUUUGGCAGGGAAUCCUAACUGUUACAUCUGAAAUUUGCCAGUCUCCUGAUGUGCUGGUGUCGCUGUUUCAUCAUGAAUGCACUCGUGUUAUUGCAGAUAGAUUUACCAACAAGCAGGACAAGGACUGGUUUGAGAAUAUAGUGAAAAAGAUUGCUUCAGAGGAUCAUGGUGAUGAUAUUUUAACAAAUUUUCAGCAAGAAGCGUUCUUUGUUGAUUUCUUGCGUGAUGCUCCAGAGCCCACAGGAGAUGAGCCGGAUGAUAUGGAACUAGAAGCUCCUAAAAUUUAUGAGCCAAUUUCAUCAUUUGAUCAGUUGGCCGAGCGCCUUCAAAUAUGCAUGGAGCAGUAUAAUGAAGCCAUCAGAGGUGCAGUGAUGGAUUUGGAUGCCAUGAUACAUUUGAUGAAGAUAUCCCGUAUCAUUCGGACUCCACAAGGAAAUGCCUUGCUGGUGGGAGUUGGUGGAUCUGGAAAACAGAGCCUUACUAGACUGGCUUCAUAUAUUGCAGGAUAUCAAAGCUUUCAGAUUGUACUCACAAGAACUUACAAUACAAGUAAUCUUAUGGAUGAUCUGAAGAUUCUGUAUCGUACAGCUGGACAAAAAGGAAUGGGUGUGGCAUUCAUAUUUACAGAUAAUGAAAUCAAAGAUGAGGCCUUCUUGGAAUACAUGAACAAUGUGCUAGCCUCAGGCGAGGUGUCAAACCUCUUUGCUCGAGAUGAAAUUGAUGAAAUUACCCAAGACUUAAUUCCAGUAAUGAAAAAGGAGUAUCCAAGACGGCCCCCAACUGUUGAAAACCUCUACGAUUACUUCCUUUCACGUGUGCGUAGCAAUUUGCAUGUGAUUCUUUGUUUUUCUCCUGUUGGAGAGAAAUUUCGUACUCGUGCAUUGAAAUUUCCUGGUCUGAUCUCUGGUUGCACGAUGGACUGGUUUCAGCGUUGGCCCAAAGAUGCUCUCAUUGCAGUCGCGCAGCAUUUCUUAGCACCUUACAAAAUAGAAUGCACAGCACAAGUAAAGCAGAGUGUUGUGAAUACUAUGGGAACAUUUCAGGAUACUGUAGCAGAAAAAUGUGUUGAAUACUUUGAACGAUUUAGGCGUCAGACCUAUGUGACUCCCAAGUCUUACUUAUCUUUUAUUGGAGGCUACAAGACUAUCUAUGCAGAGAAGUUUGCUUAUGUGGAAAUGCUGUCAAACCGAAUGAAGACAGGUCUGGCAAAGCUAAUGGAAGCCGAGGUGUCAGUGAAUGAGCUGUCCAAAGAACUUGUGAUUAAGGAAAAAGACUUGGCAGUUGCUUCAAAAAAAGCAGAUGAAGUUCUCGAGGAAGUGACUUUAAAGGCCCAGGCUGCCGAAACAGUUAAAACGCAGGUUCAAAAAGUGAAAGACAAGGCUCAGAUAAUUGUAGAUGAAAUUGCAGCUGACAAAGCAAUAGCUGAGACGAAAUUGGAGGCAGCUAAGCCUGCUUUAGAAGAGGCAGAAGCAGCUUUGCAGACUAUCAAACCUGCUGAUAUUGCCACAGUGCGCAAGUUAGGCAAACCACCUCACUUGAUCAUGCGAAUCAUGGACUGUGUGCUGCUUCUCUUCCAAAGAAAAGUAGAUUCUGUGACUCUUGAUCCAGAUCGACCUUGUGUGAAACCUUCAUGGGGUGAAGCUUCAAAGCUGAUGAACAACUCAUCAUUUCUUAACAUGUUGCUGACAUUUGCAAAGGAUUCUAUCACUGGAGAGGUUACAGAUUUGCUGCAACCUUACCUAGAUAUGGAUGAUUACAAUCUUGAAACUGCCAAGAAGGUGUGUGGCAAUGUUGCAGGUCUAUGCUCGUGGACUAAGGCCAUGGCAAGCUUUUUUGAAAUUAACAAAGAAGUGCUUCCUCUGAAGGCUAACCUUACUCUGCAAGAGGCCCGAUUAGUUGUUGCCAAAACUGAACUACACAAUGCCCAAGUCCAGCUGGAUGAUAAGCAGCGGGAACUAGAUGAAGUGCAGGCAAUGUAUGAUGCUGCAAUGUCAGAAAAACAAGCACUACUUGAUGAUGCAGAGGCCUGUAGAAAGAAAAUGAACAAUGCCACAACCCUCAUUGAAGGCCUAGGUGGAGAAAAGGUUCGGUGGACAGAAAGCAGUAAACUUUUCCAGGAUCAGAUUACUCGGUUAGUGGGUGAUGUAUUGCUAGCCACUGGAUUCCUCUCCUAUUCUGGGCCUUUUAACCAAGAAUACAGGAACCUGCUCCUUCAAAUGUGGAAAGAGGAGAUGAGCAGCAACAAUAUUCCAUACAGUGAUGUAAAGGUUGGUGACAAAGAAAUCGACGUGAUGUUGGGAUUUACCUUGUAUAUUACAACCAAGCUAGCAAAUCCUGCUUACACUCCUGAAAUCAGUGCAAAGACUGCCAUUAUCGAUUUCACUGUCACAAUGAGAGGGCUGGAAGACCAGCUUCUUGGUCGAGUCAUCCUUAUUGAGAAACAGGAACUGGAAGCAGAGAGAGUACAACUGAUGGAAGAAGUUACAUCAAACAAACGGAGAAUGCAGGAGUUGGAAGAUAACUUGUUAUUUCGUCUAACCAGUACAGAAGGCUCUCUGGUGGAGGAUGAAUCAUUGAUUGAAGUACUUCAGGUCACAAAAAUAACAGCUGAAGAGGUGAGUGAAAAGUUGAGCACUGCUGCACAGACGGAGGUGAAGAUUAACACAGCUCGUGAGGAGUAUCGGCCUGUUGCUUCACGUGGCAGCAAUCUUUACUUCCUCAUUGUUGAAAUGAGUCUAGUGAAUGUGAUGUACCAGACAUCCCUUCGACAGUUCUUGGGUAUUUUUGACAUAUCCAUGGAGAGAUCGGUAAAAUCACAGGUCACCUCGAAGCGAAUUGCAAACAUCAUUGAAUAUCUCACCUAUGAAGUGUUCAGAUAUACAGCUCGGGGUCUGUAUGAGAAUCAUAAAUUCCUCUUUACACUGCUUAUGGCACUAAAGAUUGACCUACAGUCCAAGAAGAUUACUCAUGAAGAUUUCCAGACUUUAAUUAAAGGUGGUGCCUCUUUAGAUCUCAAUUCAGUGGAACCUAAACCAAAGAAAUGGAUCCUUGACAUGACUUGGCUAAAUUUGGUGCAGCUUUCUCAUUCAUUCCCAUUCACUCAACUGUUAGUACAGGUGGCAAAAAAUGAUAAAGCUUGGAAGCAGUGGUUUGAUAAUGAAGCUCCAGAAGAGGCUGCUCUCCCUGAUGACUAUGAUAAUAUAUUGGACACUUUCCAUAAACUCCUACUGAUUCGUAGUUGGUGUCCAGAUCGUACAAUUGCUCAGGCUCGUCAUUACAUUGCAGCUUCACUUGGAACAAAAUAUGCAGAAGGAGUUAUUCUAGAUAUGGAAGCAAUGUGGGUAGAAAGUGACAAUCGAACACCUAUGGUGUGUUUCCUUUCCAUGGGUUCUGAUCCUACAGAAAGUAUUGAACGUUUAGCAAAGACCAAGAGUGUGCCCUGCCGUGCCAUUUCUAUGGGUCAAGGUCAGGAGAUCCAUGCAAGACGUUUACUGACGCAGAGUAUGCAGGAUGGUGGCUGGCUCCUUUUACAGAACUGCCAUCUGGGUUUGAAUUUCUUGGAUGAACUUUUAGAUACAGUCACUUCAACAGAAUCUAUGAAUGAUGGAUUCCGAACCUGGAUCACAACAGAGGUCCAUUCAAAGUUUCCCAUCAACUUAUUACAAUCAUCUAUUAAAUUUACCAAUGAACCCCCUCAAGGUGUGAAAGCUGGUUUGAAACGUACUUAUAGCAGCAUCACCCAAGAACAACUGGAUAUAAGCAAUAUGUCACAGUGGAAACCUUUGUUAUAUGCUGUGGCAUUUCUCCAUACAACUGUGCAGGAAAGACGUAAGUUUGGGCCACUUGGAUGGAAUAUUCCAUAUGAGUUCAAUCAAGCGGACUUUACUGCCAGUGUUCAGUUUGUGCAAAACCACCUGGAUGAAAUGGAUAUUAAGCGUGGUGUGAACUGGAACUGCGUGCGCUAUAUGUUGGGGGAGGUGCAGUACGGAGGGCGCGUAACAGAUGAUCUUGAUAAGCGACUACUCAAUACCUUUGCAACUGUGUGGUUUGGGGAAACAAUGUUCACAGAUAAAUUUUCCUUCUACAAAGAUUAUAUCAUUCCUCAAGGCAAGAUAGUUCAAGAAAUCCUGCAAUACAUUGAGAAUCUGCCGCUUGUUGAUAGUCCUGAGGUAUUUGGACUUCAUUCAAAUGCAGAUAUAACUUACCAGACUAAUAUGGCAAAUGAAACUCUUAACACAAUAGUCAACAUUCAACCUAAGGAUAGUGGAGGUGGUGAAGGAGAGACCAGAGAAAGCAUGGUCCAACGCCUUGCAAAUGAAAUGUUGGAAAAGCUACCACCAGACUAUAUUCCACAUGAGGUGAAAGCUCGACUACAGAAAAUGGGUGCAAUCCAACCAAUGAACAUCUUCCUGCGCCAGGAGAUUGAUCGAAUGCAGCGAGUUCUUACGCGUGUUAGAAUUACACUGACAGACUUGAGAUUGGCUAUAGAUGGAACAAUUAUAAUGUCUGAGGACCUGAGAGAUGCUCUUGAUAACAUGUACGAUGCUCGGAUUCCAAAGAUCUGGUUCAAAAUUUCCUGGGAGUCUGCUACUCUCGGAUUCUGGUUUACUGAGCUGCUUGAAAGAAACCAACAAUUCCAAACCUGGAUUUUUGAUGGAAGACCAAACCAGUUCUGGAUGACAGGAUUCUUUAAUCCUCAGGGCUUUUUGACUGCAAUGCGACAGGAAACCACACGCAUGAAUCUGAGCAAGGGCUGGGCGCUAGAUAGUGUCAUCCUUUAUAACGAAGUGACCAAGAUGAUGAAGGAAGAUGUUAAUUCAUUCCCUCCUGCAGAUAUUGGUGGUGUUUAUGUUUAUGGCUUGUUCUUGGAUGGAGGAGGCUGGGACAGAAGGAAUACAAGACUCAUCGAAUCAUCUCCAAAGGUAUUGUUCACUUUGCUUCCUGUAGUCCAUGUGUAUGCAAUCAGUGCCACUGCACCUCCUGAUCCAAAGAAACAACAGGGGGCAGUGUACUCAUGUCCUGUGUACAAGAAGCCCAGACGAACUGAUUUGACAUACAUUUUCUCUCUCUAUCUGAAAACAAUACAGAAUCCUGAUCAUUGGACCCUGCGAGGAGUGGCUUUACUUUGUGACUGCAAAUAA